CAGUCCCUUCUACUCUUCAUGCUUCCUCAUCUACUGUUGAAAGGUCCGAUUGCCAUUAUUAUUUGCAGCAUAUCGGUGGUGCUACACAUUGCAGUAGUAUUCCAGUGACGAUCGAUUUGAUCGAACAGUGCUACGAUCUUUAGGUAUCUGCAACCCCCGGUCAACGGUCUACGCCGACGUGAACUACAUACCACGUAUAUCCAUUACAUACAGACAUUACAGUUCCAUCUUUACUCCGAUCGCGGGUUUUAUAACAACCAUUCGCAUCACAUCCUACGAACUUGAACGACAAAAACAAUGAGUGUGCCAAUGGAAUUGGACGAUUCUGCCACAGAAGCGGCACCACUGGACUUGACCGUGAAGAAGGACAACGGCUGCGCUGUCUCGGCGGCAGCGCCGGUGGAACGUGAUGGGCCAAAGGAAUUAACGGGAGACGUACCGCCAUCGCCACUACCGCCGCUGGAUUUGAGUGCGGGGAGAACGUUAUCGUCGCAGCCACCGCCGUCCGCGAAUGUUGCUCAACGUGCCACCGUGGUGGUGCUAUCGCCGAAGGUGGUCUCAUCGUCGCCGAAGGUGAUCUCAUCGUCGCCGAAGGUGGUUGCAUCGUCUCCACCACUGAAGCCGCAGCCGCAAUGCAAAGCCUACUGGACGCCGGACUCGUCUUCCUCUUCGCAGAUACCCAAACACUUGGCGCCGCUGCACGGGAUAUACGCCGACGCCGCCGCUUAUCGGCACAUGAUCUCGUCCGCAGCUGUCCCCGAGUACAACCCGUUCCUGGCCGUACUUCCGCCGUCCGCCACCACGCAGUUCCACCAUCACGAUCACUUCCAACAGCAACAGCAGCACCUUCACAUCCAGCAACAGCAUCAGCUCCAUCUCCAGCAGCAACUCCAACUGCAGCUGCAGAUGCAGCAACAGCAACAACACCACCAGGAACAACAACAGAAGUUCCAGAAGCAACAACUUCAGCUGCAGGCCGCGUACAGCGUUCUUCCCCCGAUAGACCCCGCGUUGUUGUUGUCCGGUAGCCCAGUGUACGCGGCCACGUCGUCGCCGUCCUCGUCCGAAUCCAACCACUUUCCAUUCAGCGGAUUCGAUUGCAGUUUUUCCAAGCCACCUUACGGUUUCGGUUACCCUUACUACGAGAGGAUGCUGGACGGAAGAGUGACUGGUGGAGCUUAUGGAGGCGUAGACAUUUGCGCCAAUCGGUCUGAUUGUCCGUCGCCCGAAUCGACGACUACCGACGACCAUCAUCACUUCAAUCACCAUCAUCGUCUGCAACAACAGCAACAGCAGCAGCAGCGAGACCUGGACCGAGAGCAUCGCCACAUCAUCAAGGAGUGUGACAUGGACGACAUGGACGACGUGGACCCCGAGGAUGUGGCGGCCAUAUAUAAACAGUCGGAUUUCUUGUCAUUCCGGAAUCGGUACAUAGAAAGCUUGGGGCCGCCGAGGAACUUCGAGAAAAUGAGACGGUCUAACAACAACAACAACAAUGAUGAUCAUCGGUUGAUGCCCGGACAACAGCAGUACGACCAGACGUACGUUAUGAAGCGGCAGAAGAAUAACGAAGCAGCCAAGCGGUCGCGGGACGCCAAACGGCAGAAGUACAUCGAAAACCAGAUUAGCGUCAUGUACCUGACCAAGAAGGUGAGUGAGAUGAAAGACAUUAAGAGACGACUGCUCAAGUCUAUGUGAUGUUCGCUGAGUAGAUGUACUAUUAUUAAAAAUAUGGGUAAUUAUAAUAUUAAUAGUAUAAGCUAGAAAACCAUAUUAUAUAAUGUAUACUUUCGAUAACUGCAGAUGCGAUUUUUGAGUUUUCCAUUUCGAUUUUCAAACCAUGUUUUGUAAUCGCUGUUAAUGUUAUAAAUUAUGUGACUAAAUAUUUUUACUGUAUUAACACUGCCCUGGAUUUCAGUGUUGGACAAAAAAAAAAAUCACCUAUGGUAAAAGUUUAUAAAGGUUGUAUUAUUUGUAUUUUAAGUAUAUUAAUUAUUGAAUUAGCCAAUACCAAUAAAACAUACCUAAGUCAUUAAAAUAUUAUUUUAUUUCACUGCGUAACUAGUGUUCUCAUAGUUAAACUUUACUGUAACAACAUUAAUUGUUACUUAUAAAAUGUUAAUAUUUUAAUAUUGGCAAAUUCAAUGAAUAUAAACUAAUUACAAUUUAUUCAUUUUAAAUUUUAGUAGAAAUCAUUUUAGAAAUUUUAGUACCGAAUACUACUAUAUAGAUUAACGGAAGUCGUACUUGUAAAUAUUAUAGUAAUAUACCUACGCUUUGAAAUAACAUGUUGGAAUGAGAAUUUUUCACAUGUGAAAAAACGGUUAAAGGCUGUUUACUGGUCCGUUUAAAUAGAUAUUAACAUCGAUUUGAACUUUUUUGUAUAACUCUGUAGACAUAAAAAACUUUCGACACGCUACGGUCGCUAAUAAUAUAUGUAAAGUCAUAAAGGCUUACGCGAGUGUAAGACGUCGAUUUUUGUUUGUUUUUUUUUUUAGUUCUUACGGCGAUAUAGCGUGGUUCCUGUCUAGCGCCUUUUUACUAUGAUAAUUUACAUUUACCCAAACUUAAACUUUGGUUUGUUCUUUUAAAUUGUUCGAAAAAAAUAUUUACUCCAUAAAAAAAAUAAUCAAAUUAAUAACAAACAUUUAUUCCGUUCGAAAACGCCAUCUCGAAUAAAAUUACCCCAUAAUUGUGUGUCUAUAAACAAAAAUGAUUGUAUACUAAUAUAAAAUGUUUUGAUUUGUAUUAACUGAUUUAUAUAAAAGCCAGGGGUGUUCGUCAAAACAUCAGUUUCGGUCAAAAAAUGUCUUGGAACAAUAAUAGGGUGGCAAGUGGUGUAUAAGUAUGAUACAAUGGUAAAUUUUGUAAACUGUAAUAUAUUACAUAAUACGUAUUGUUAUAUUAAAAUAAACAGAAUAAUAAGACUGAUGUUUUGUCACACUAUUUGGACGUAUUAUAUUUUUUUUUUGCUAUUUAGAUUUUAAAAUAAAUGUCGCUAUUUAAAAAUUGAUUACAAUAUUUAUA